AUGGCCGUCACACCAUCCCAGGUAGCACUCUUUGUCUGGACUGCCGUGAUUGCCCCCUCGCUCUCCGAUUGGCUGGCCGGUUCCGCUGGUGUGCGCUCCGCGCCGACGGCCCCCAGCCGCGCGGCGGCCGUCGACUGGUGCUGGGAGCCUCUGCCGUCGGGCUGCUCCUGCGUGCUCCCGCCCGUCGCCGGCGGCGCCCGAGUCGUCUGGCCGUGGGUGGGGGGCCUCGCGUACUCGCCCGGCCUCGCCCUCGCCGGCUGCCUGUGGUCGGUGAUCCUGGAGGUGCUCUUCGUGCUGAAUUGGUGGAAAAAGGAGAAGGACGGGAACAAGGUGUACCUCAUGAGGGCGGGUCACCCGCCAAGGUCUCUGCCGGACAAGGAUGUGGAGGUCGUGCUGUUCGUAAUGUUCCUCACGGACGACGAACUACGUGGGCUGUUCGUGAAGGCCCGCGCCGAGGUGGCGCCCUGGCAGGAGUCUGUGCCCGAUCUCCACGUGCCAGCGGGCCCGACCUACCUCUUGUCGGAGGAUGGGGGCCAGCGCCCGCUCCUUCGCCGCCGUGUCCAGGACAUGCAGGUGAGGCGCACCGGCAGGGAGGGCAAUCCACCUGUCGCACAUGCGGGCGCUGGAGCCGCCGAGUCACUCGGCGGCGCUGGGGAUGCAGGCGACGGCGAGCCGACCGCCGACGGCGUGCGUCACCGCUGGCAGGUCAGCAAGCCUGGUCUGGUCGGGGAGCUGGAUAUCCUUGUGCUACACGCAUGCGUCAUGAUCAAGCUGGGUGACCGCGGCGCCGCCGACAUGGACGGCGAGAUGGUGUCAGUGCAGAGCGUUCCUGAGGCCGACGUGGGCGACUGCGCGUUCGUGAAGACCUCGGCCUACGAGGUAGCGGUCCGCUGCGUCGACGGCGCGGCCCUUUGUUUCGGGUGGCGUAACAGGAUCCUGCCGAGCCACGCGUUUUCUCACGGUGAAGGAGCCACGCCGGCUGUCCAUGCAGAUGCCACCGAGCCGUACGAUGUUCGCACUGUGUGGGCGGACACCGACGCCAUGAACGACGGAUUCAAGACUUGGCGUCAUGUGGUCAUGGAGAGCUACCCCACGGUGUGGAGCGACAGCCCUGUGGAGGGGCGGUCUAGCCUGAUGGUCAUCCCCAGGUAUUCUGAUCGGCACGGCGGCAGCGUCAGGAUGUGGCUCGACCUCUGCUCUCGCUCGCAGAACCUCAGGCCGGGCGAGCGGGUCAUGGGCGAGCUCUCCGUUCUCUGCGAGCUCAUCUACGGGGGGGACAUGUACGACCAGCUAAAUAUGCCGUCGCUGGCCAGCUUCGAGAUCAUAGCGUUCCGUCCCCAGGGUAUCGCGGACGUGUACUCGGGCGACCCCUCUUGGCCGCAGUGGGCCAACGCGUGGCUCUACUCCGGCGUGGACUCUGCGGUGCACAUGGUCGCGCCCGAGCUGGAGCACUACGUGGCCAAGACGGCCAAGGACGAGGCCAAGGUCGAGUCCAUGCGGGUGCGGGCCCGCAAACCUCCCGUCGCUGCCGACGCCGUCGUUGCUAGCGGACACCCUGUCGCUGGACGCAGUACACCUGUCGCCGCCAUGGCGGGCCAGCCUUCCAAAGGCCGCGGGGUCUACGACACCGAGACGGCCUACACUACCCUGGCACCCUACCAACGGGGCGCUGUUUCUCUUCCUGGUGACGUCUCGACGGCCCCGGCCGUGGGAACCUUGGUCACGGGGCGCGCCCUCGAGUAUCUGGUAGCGGCAGAGGAGCAGAUGAUCAGGACCGAUGCUGAGGUCCAGCUUGACCGUGAGACGAAUGGCGAAAUCAAGAUCUACACCGACCCCCUGCUCGCCAAUAGUCGCCGACGGUACUCCACCUUUGUGAAGGACCUGAAGCGGAAAGGCUUGGUGGGCUUCACCCGCGAUCCCAAGGAGUUCGUGGGUGUUUUCUUCGUCUGGAAGAAGGAGCGCGCGUCCAUGAGGAUGGUGCUCGACUGUCGCCGCUCCAAUCAACGUUUCGUGACCCCUCCCGGGGUCGAGCUGUUGUCGACCGAAGGGCUUGGUCGGAUCGAGUGCGACACGGAGCAGACCGGCACACUGCCCAUCUUCCUGGGCAAAGCGGAUGUGAAGGAUUGUUUCCACCGCAUGAUGUUCGGCAACCAUCUCUCCAAGUACUUUUGCUACCCGGGUGGCAUGGCCAAGGAGUUUGGCAUCGUCGGGCAGCUGGUGGAGGGGGUGCCUGCUCGCGCUGACGAUUACCUCUGGCCAUGCGCCCUCGCGUUACCCAUGGGCUGGACGUGGUCGCUCUAUUUCGCUCAGGUGGCCAACCUCGGGCUGGUGGAACGGGUCCCCGCGGUGGCGUCGAGUUGCGCGGCCACCGAUCGAGGGCCCCCCAUCGUGCUGUCCCCGACCUCCUCCUGGCACUACGUGUACGUCGACAACGUUGGGCUCAUCUCGCUCGAUGCCUCGUACGUCAAGGGGGCUCUGGCGGACACCAUCGCGGCCUUCGACGCCGCGGGCCUCGUCAUGCAUGACAUCUCGGUGGACUCCGACACGGCCGAGGCUUUGGGGGUGACGCUUGAUGGCCAGAGACACCAGACCCUCGUCAACCACCGGCGCUACUGGAAGGUGAGACUCGGGCUCCGGUGGGCCCUCUCGUUGCGACGCCUGGCAGGGCGAGAGCUCGAAGUAUUGCUUGGCCAUUGUACAUUCGUUGGUUUGAUGUGUCGGGAGACCCUGUCCGUGUGGCACACCGUCUACACCUUCGUCCGUGAGCGGUACUGGGCCAAAAGCGACGUGUGGGAGUCCGCACGUCAGGAGCUCGAGUGCUUCCUCGGGCUGAUGCCGCUCCUUCGGUCUGAGUGGGAUCGGCCGUGGCUCGCGCAGGUACUGUCCGUGGACGCCAGCCCGUACGGCUGGGGGAUAGCCAGCUCCGAGUUCGGAGUGUCGAUGGUGAAAAAGCAGGGCAGGAUUCUUGAGCGAUCUCGUUUCCGUCGACUCGGAGGGUUGCCGGCUCGGGCCAGUGCCCUUGCCGCCGCGGGGUUCGUCUAUUCACCCACCACUGAUCGCUGGCAGGUCGACGAUGAGAAAGUGCGGGACCCUUCGGACGUUCGGGAGGCUGGAGCUUGGGAGAUGCGCGAGGAUUUCCCUGAGAUUCCUGGGGCCCUCCUCCACGGGGAUCGGUGGCGCUUGAUUUUGCAUGGCAAGUGGGCCUACUCUGAGGAUAUCCUGAUUCUCGAGGCCCGCGUCCUGGUCAAAGCUGUCGCAAGAGUUUGUAAUUGCGUUCCAGGUGGAUUCUGCAGAGUAUUGUUAUUGGGAGAUAAUAUGUCAGUUAUAUUAGCUUGUGAAAGAUUUGGGGCCCGCAGCUUCGGGCUCUUGGUGCAGAUCAGACGAAUCGCGGCCUACGCUUUGGGCCGAGGGGUUCGAUUUGGGUUCAGGUGGCAUCCCUCAGAGCUCAACAGUAGCGACGCUGGGUCCCGUAUCUACGACCCCAACUACGACUCCACGAAGGAUCUCACCCGCCUGGUGGCUGACGGACACGGACCCGGAGACGUCCUGCCUCAGCCUGCGGAUCCACCUCGGUCCGUCGACGUGCCGGCUCAAAUUCCCGAAUCGCCCGAGGACCCAGAUUCUCUUGCCUGCACCGUAUUCCACGACUGCCAUGAUGCGGACCCGCAGCCUGGAGGCGCCGAGCCGAACCAUCGCUGGCCAGAGGAGCUUACUCACGACGUUCGGAGCGCGUCCGAUGACGACUUCCUGUCCGCCUUCAGCGACCACGGGGCUAACGACGACGCCUACCUGGCUGCGACCGGGGACACCCUUGAUGCUGGACACUGGAAGGGUGCCUCCAACCAGAAGGUCCCUGAUGACUCUGGCAGUCAGAAGGCCCGCCUGGGCUACAGCAGCAGCCACGCCCUGCUGGUUCGGUGGACCGUCGCGGUGGAGUUCGCGAGGCGGGACGAGCCUGUCAUGGGUGUCGCCGUGACGAACGGAGUCAGCAGCUACCUCAGGCCAGAGCUCCUCAGCCUUACCUCGACCAGCCUGGUGGCCCCGGGUUCGCUGGUGUCGCAGCACUGGAGCCUCCCUUUGCAUCCUUCAGAGAGGAAAAAGAGGAGCUGGGCCAGCAAAGCGGACGAUUCGCUGAUCACCGUCUCGGCCCACAAGCUGCCGUGGGGUCGCGUUUCCCUCCAGGCCUUGAAGGAGAUGGGCGGCCGGCUGUGGCCCUUCGUUUGUUUCACCUUCUGGGCGAGGUUGAAGAAUGUCGCCAAGAUGCUGGGCUUGUUGCACUUUGUACCGUGCCUGAUGAGACACUCGUGGACGUGGAUAGAUCGCCUCAGGCCGGGUCGCAGCCAGGAGGAGAGUCAGAGGCUCGGAAGGUGGAAGUGCUGGAUGAGUCUCAUACGCUGCAAGAGCGCCCGCCUCGGAUACCUCUGGAAAGAGCUCGCUGCCGGGAUGCCAGCACGCGUGUAUUUGUGCAAGGGCCAGCUCGUCGACGGCACCUACAUGGCCGACCUGUUUUCUGGCUCGGGCAAGGUUGCUCGGGCGGUCAACCAGCUAGGGUUCUCAGCCAAGGCCUGGGACAUCAUCCACGGGGCUAACCAUGACCUCACAGACCCAGCGGUGCUCCGCCUGUUGUUCUCGGACAUCCGUGACGGGAAGGUCUUCGCUGCCAUGAUCGCCCUCCCCUGCACCUCGCUGACCAUCGCUCGAGACAG